UGUUUAGUUACAUGCUUCAACCGGCAAUUGGACUGUCACCCAGUGGAAAGAAGUCCUUUCCCAUACUUAUUCCUUAGUUUCCUCACCCACUGACGACAAAUACAUUCGCUUGAAGCUUAUUCCAUUCUUUAAUCGUACACAAACUUAAUGAUUUUUUUUCUUUUUUUUUUUUUUUGCAAGGGGAAGGGGAAUUUUAACAGCAAAGGUGUAAGAUUUAAAGUACUCUUGUGUAAAUAAUUAUGUGAGGGAUGCAUAGAAAAACAUUUAAAACUUAAACAAACCUUUUAUGUCUUCGUGUCAUAUUAUCUAUGUUUGUGUAAAAUGGCAUUGCAAUAUUUCUACUAGUUUACUAGAUUUUUACCAUUUAACUAAGUUUAAUUAGCUUCAUUAAAAAUACUGUAAAAUGUGAUUCUGGAGCAGAAUAGAUUUGUAUAUUUACUUCCUUCCUGACAUGUUUUCCUAUCAUUCUUAUGGCAGAGCCCAGCUGGAGGAGUUUGUGCUGGAGCAGUGGAAGUUGGCGGACCUGCGGGACAUGGGCGAGGCCUGCCUGCCGCCCGACCUCUCCGCCAAGACGAGGGUCACACUCCCGGGCAAGUACAGCCUGCAGGUUGAGUCGAUGGUGGACAUUGGGGCCCCGUGCUACGGCCAGCUGCAAAGGAUACGGAAGGAGGCGACGGAGAACCUGGAAGUGUCGGAGACCAAGGCACAGGCGUGGGAGCCGCGGCCGACCCGAAUGCUCAGGCUGUCGCUGUGCGACGGCGUGCAGGAGAUCCUAGGCAUCGAGUACCGGCCAAUCCGCAAGCUGGACCUGCCUCUGGUUCCAGGCUGCAAGGUGCUGGUGGUCGGGCCGGUGGAUUGCCGCAGGGGCGUGGCACUGCUGCAGGAGCGCAGUCUGCAGCUGCUGGGCGGGGAGGUGGACUCCCUGCUCGUCCCCAACGCCCUGGAGAACCUGCUGGCCCGCAAGCUGAACCUGGAGGAGAACCCUCAGCCGUACCUGACUGGCUUGCCUCCACCGGAGGAGGCUGCUGCCCCCCACGUGACGGGACAGCAUCACCAUCACCAUCAUCCCGCCGCCGCCGCCGUGUCUUCUGGAAGGCCGGUCGCUCAGGUUUUACCUAUGACUGCUCAUGAUUUUAACGAAGAUGACAUUCUUCACUGUGCAGAGCUGGAUGAAAUUGAAAAGCGUUUUCAACAGGAGAUGGAUGAUAUUCCAGAUGACAUGUUUUUUAAUGAUGAUGUGGAUAAUCCCCAAGCUAAUUCCCCCUCUGGGUGGAAUGUUGGUAGUAGGCAGGCUGCAACGUAUGGUGGCACUGGCAAUGUAAGGUUGCCAACUGCUCAUUGUAAUGGCAUCAGAAGUUCUGCUGGACUAGAACAGUUUCGUGGUGACAAUCGUGAUACUUCCAUCAGUAACAGAAUGUCGCCUGUGAUGAGAAAAAAUACAAUUUCAGUGGCUCGAAAAAAUAGUGGUGUUGAUCAAAAUCCACAUUUACUUAAUGCUGGUACUGCUUUAAUGAAGUCAAGAACUAACUCAUUUAAUGACUUUGAUGAAUUUGAAACUGAUGAUUUCUUCGAAAAGUCCAGCUAUUCGACUAAAACAUGCGUUGCUACGGGUGACGCUAGUGUCCACGCGGUUGAUUUGCUCGAACAAGAUGAUGAGUUACUGCUCGACAUUUCAUCGCAGGAUCUGGAUGCAUCCAUUCUGCCGGCCCAAACUGAGACCACGCCUCCAAGCAACACAAAGACUUUGUCAGUCAGCAAGCCAUCAUCCCCAAAGCAAAGCGUGAAGCCUUGUAAGAAACCUGCCCAGCGAAACCAGUCGAAAAUAACAUCCUUCAUUACCAAAAACCACACAGGGUCGACUGGUGUUGGCAGUGCAGAUAGUUGUGUGAAGAAGAUGGCCUUUUCCCCGGUUGCAGUGAAACGCCCACCUUCGAGUCCCUUGAAGAAGGUUCCUGCAGUGCGCGGGAAGGCGUCUUCCGAACAGAAAAAGUACAAAUCUGUCGACGCCGAAACCAGUCGCACACCUGCCUCGAAAAGACCUGAAAAAACAUUUAUUUUGUCAAAUGCCCAGGACUUGCAUGGCACUGCAGAUGUUGUUGCGAAAGAAACUGUUUUGAAUUUGGGUGCUCCUGCUGUGUGCCGCGCCCCAAGCGAAGCUUUGUGUUCGUCGCUGAUCAUGGAGCACAAGCCUUUUGUGUACUUGAGUCAGUUGGAGGGUCAGGCGAGGACUGGCGUCGCCACCUUCACAGUGAAAGCCUUCGUCCUGACGCUCGUGAAUCAACUGGUCCUCAAGAGGGAGGGUUGGCACAUGACAUGCAAAAUCAACGAUGGCUCAACAUUGAUGGAGGUUUCGUUCUCGCCAGAAGUUCUGGAGAAGCUGAUUGGAUACACGCCAGCCGAAAUUAGGGUUCUUAGGCAGCAAAUGGCAACCAAUCCUUCUGUUAAAGAGAAGAUAAAAGGGGCCUUGUCGGACGCACAGAAGAAGCUGGUGAACCUCAACUGUCUUCUGGAUCUGACUUUCCGGGGCGGCUCGAGCGUGCCGGAGGUCACGGCCAUCAGCGAAGUCGGCCAGGAACACGUCGAGCUGCUGGGCCGACGGCUGUCAGCGCUGAGUGCCGCCGCUGGCGCGGGGAGAGACAGGGUGUGACGCGGGAAUGAGGCGACAUGUCAGCGCGAGAGGGACUGUCAACUGCUGUGUUUGUCGAGCGCCAGUUCCUGUCAGAUCGCAUCAUCUGCGAAGAAGAAGAUGUUUUUGUACUUUUUUGUAUCAUUUUGUUUUGUAAGUUGUUUGAUAAUUAUUUAAUUUACGUACUGUAAAAUUGAAAAUGAGUACGGCACUUAACUCGAAACCAAUGAA